AUGUCGACAGGCGCCUUAUCAUACCUGCACAGCAAUCCCUUGGCUGCCGCCGCGGCCGCCGCCGCGGCGCACCAGCACCACUCCGCCUCCGCAGCCGCAGCAGCCGCGGCCGCGGCCGCCGCCGCGGGGUUCCAGGGCUUCGGCGGCAGCGGCGUCGGCGGCAUGGGCGGCAUGGGUGGCAUGGGCGGCUUGGCGCGCGCGGGGAGCGUCGGCAGCGCAGGGGCCGGCAGCAGCGGUCCGCUGGGCGGCCUGCUCGACAGCCUCAGCGCUGGACUGCUGCAGUCGCAGCUCCCCGGCGGCCUGCUUGCGCACAACCUCGGCCACGCGAGCGCCGGCGGCCUCGGCUACGGCGGCGCCUCGGACCUGAGCGCCGCGUCAGCCGCCGCCGCCGCGUCGCUGCCUAUGCAGCUGCAGCACGACCAGUCCGCCCUCUUCGGCGGCUUUGGGCAUGCGGCGCUGCAGCAGCUGCUGCAGCAGCAGGCGGCGCAGCAGCAGCAGCAGCAGCAGCAGCAGCAGCAGCAGCAGCAGCAGCAGCAGCAGCACUUAUACCAGAACCACCACCAGAACCACAACACGCUGCCGCACCAGCAGCAGCAGCAUCACCAGCACCACCAACAGCAGCAGCAGCAGCAGCAGCAGCAGCAGCAGCAGCAGCUGGGCGGCAGCGGCAGCGCGUACGAUUUGCUGGGCCUCGCUGCCCAGCAGCAGCAGCAGCAACAGCAACAGCAACAGGCCGGCAGCUGGGGCGUCGACGGCCGGUUCGGGCAGGAUCACGGUGAUGGCGGCGGGGCAGCAUCUGCGGGCCAUCUGGCUGGGAUAGGGCUCGACCUCGGGCCACUGCAGCGCCACCACUCCCUGCCGCCGCCCGGCAGCCCGCGCAGCGGCAGCGGCGGCCACGCACACCAGACUCUCGCUGCGGCGGCCGCCGCGCAGGCGCAGCAGCAGCAGCAGCAGCAACAGCAGCUGCUGCCGCCAGGGCUGAUGAGGGACUUCCUCAGUUCAAUGUCUAGCGGCAGCUCCUGGCCACCCUUCUAG